UCUGUUUCAUAUACAAAAAAAAAAAAAAAAAACUCAUGCUUCAAUCAAAGCAAAAAAGCUUUCCACUUUCAUCAAUGGCAUCACCAGCCUACACAACUCCAUUGUUAUCCGAAUCAUCAAACAGCAUAAUAAGCACCACCUCCAGCAGCAGUGAAUCAGAGGAAAGCCCAGAAACUUCGCAAAGAUUUCAAGAUUUUCAAUUAUUAGAUCUUCAAUUGAAGAUUUCAAGAACCCCCAUUUCUUGUUUUCACUCUUACAAAUCCUUAGCUGUUCUUUCAGGCCAUGUUGGAACAGUUUCUUGUUUAGCCCUUUGCGGGGAAUUCAUCCUCAGUGCUUCUCAAGGUAAAGAUAUAAUCGUCUGGCAACAGCCUGAUCUACACCAAUUUACGAAAUUUGGAACAGGGGAUGGCUCUGUUAAAGCACUUGUCACUAUUGGCAACAAAGUUUUCACAGCACAUCAAGAUUCCAGGAUUCGUGUAUGGAAAGUUUCGAGAAGAUCAGAAAAUGUUUUCAGAUUAAUCGAUACAUUGCCCACAACAAAAGAUUAUCUUGGAAAAUUCAUGAAACAGAGCAAUUAUGUUCAGACAAGAAGACAUCAUAAGAAACUCUGGAUUGAACAUGCUGACAGCAUUUCUUGUUUAACUGUUUCUAACGGCUACAUUUACUCAGGUUCUUGGGAUAAAAGCUUGAAAGUGUGGAGAAUUUCUGAUCUGAAGUGUUUGGAGUCAAUAAAAGCACACGACGACGCGAUAAAUGGGUUAGUCGCUGGUAAAAAUGGGGUUGUUUAUUCAGCUUCUGCUGAUGGAAAGAUUAAAGCUUGGAAAAAUAGUUCUGGUACACAUUCACUUAAGGGUAUUUUGGAAGGUCAUAAAGAUGUUUCUUUGAACUCUGUUGUGGUUUCUGAAGAUGGGGUUUUUGUAUAUGGUGGAGGGUCAGAUGGGUAUGUAAUGGGGUGGGUGGGUAACAAAAAUCUUGAUAGUUGGAAACUGAUAUGUGAAGUGAAAGCACAUGAAAUGGCUGUUUUGUGUAUGUGUUUGAUGAUGGGUGAAUUUUUGUGUAGUGGAUCAGCUGAUAAGAGUAUUUGUAUAUGGAAAAGAGAGAUUAAUGGAGGGUUGUUUAAAUUUGGUGUUAUUAAAGGACAUGAAGGACCUGUUAAGUGUUUACAAGCUUCAACAGGAAGUGUUGGGGGUGGGUUUAUGUUGUAUAGUGGGAGUCUUGAUAAGAGUUUAAGAGUUUGGUGGAUUCCAAAGUAUGGUGGUGAUGGUGAUGAGAAAAAGGACUCAUCUUUGAUCACAAAGUGAAGAUUUUGUCAAGUUUUUUUUGUAUUUCGUAAGGUUUGCAUAUACUCUAUUGAUUUUAUUUCAUGGGAUUAUACUGAAUAUGUUGUUGUAGUGUGGACAUUGGUUAUACUGUAGUUGUUUUUGUGAGUUUAUAUACUUACUGUGUAUUUGAAAGAGUUCAAUUUUUUUGUUGUUUUAGUGUUUUUGUGUGUAGUGUGAGUGUUAGGAACAUUGAAGUAAAGAGUUGAGAAAAAUUGAGUUGUUUUUCUAUCUUUUGAUUCUUUUAUCAUCAUAUGUAUUUCUUGAGAAUUGUAAUUAGGUCAACAGAGUGAAGUAUACAUCAAUAAGAUAGAGAACAAGUUGA